AUGCCGUCUACAAUCCUUGACGAUGCCGGGCGGCUUCGCCAGCGUUGGACGCAGCUGGUUACUGAUGUCACGCCGUCGUACCUCCCCUCUGGCCUUUCUUCCAAGCGAGAGUCCCGCUCGCCGCUUGGGCAACUGGACGUGAGCCUUCAGCUCUCCUUGAUCCAAGCGUGCUGCCAGCAGUACGAUCUUUCCCCCUUAGGCCUCGUCCAGGCUGCCUGGGCUGCUGUCCUUCGUUCAUACUCGGGCUCCGACGAUGUCAUGUUUGCUACGGUUGGGCUGGAACGCCCGAGUCCGAAGCAACAAUGGACCAACGCGUCCAUCUCUAGAGCGCGCCUCGACGCAGGUAGCUCUGUACUCUCUUCCAAGGAGCACACGCGGCAGGAGGGCCUUCUUGAUUGCGAAGCUAUGCUCUCCGUGUCGGAGGCUUUGCAAGUCUUCUCCGUGCUGGAUCCCAAGCCUUGCAAUUCAGCCAUCUGGAUCAAGGAGCCUUUGUUGAAGAGUGAAGUCCCUGAGACAGAAAUUUGCAGUGAACAGACAUUUGAUUAUGUUCUACGAGUCGACCCUUCGCUAUCGACGCUGGGCUUAAUAUACCGCAAGUCGGCGGUCUCGCGUGCCCAGGCCGAAUACAUUGCUAGUACAUUCUCCGACGUCCUCCAAAGGGUGUGCGUCGAUCCCUACCAGAACAUGUCCAAACUCUGUGCUCCCAGUGAUCUGGACACUCUGCAGAUUGAGGCCUGGAACCGGAUAACACCCAAGGGGACCCAGGUCUGCGUCGAUCGAUUGAUCGAAGAGCGAGCACGCGUUACCCCCGAAUCGCCCGCCCUGCAGUCGUGGGAUGGGUCGAUGACAUACGCCGAGUUCAACGCUGCUGCCGGCAAGAUGGCUCGGUAUCUCGAGUCCGUCGGCGUUCAGCGCGGACAGCAGGUGCCCAUCUGCUUCGACAAGUCCCUAUGGACUAUCGUCACGAUGAUCGGUCUGUGGAAGCUAGGAGCUGCUUGGGUUCCCCUCGAUCCCCGACACCCUCGUCAGCGCAUUGAAACGAUUGUUUCGUCCGUCGAGGCCCGAACAGUCAUUGCCUCGGUCUCCAACCACGAGCUUCUCGACGGCAUUGUCCCUCAACUCAUUGUACUUGAUACCCCUCUCUUAAACCAGAUCGAGUCGGCCAGCGACGGUGCAUUUGAGUCGCGAUCAGAGCCUACCGAUGUUUCCUUUGUUAUGUUUACUUCCGGCAGCACUGGCAAGCCCAAGGGCGUUGUCCACGAGCACGCCUCCGUGGCCUCCAGUGCCCUACAGCAUGCCUCCGCCAUGAACGUGUCUAAUACCACCCGCGCCCUGCAGUUCGGCGCUUAUACAUUCAUUAUCAGUACCUUUGAAAUCUUUACUACUUUAAUCUUUGGCGGAUGCCUGUGCAUCCCGUCCGACCAUGACCGUCACACGGAUAUCCGACCCGUCAUCCGGUCGUUUAAUGUCAACUGGGCCAUCUUCACCCCCAGCUUUGCUCGGUCGUUGAACCACGAAGACGUUCCGACUCUCAAAACACUCAUUGUCGCCGGUGAGGCCGUCGCGCAGGAUAUCAUCGAUCGCUGGGCUGCUGUCGCCAAACUCAUCAACAUCUACGGCUCCAGCGAGUGUUCCGUCUGCAUGAUCGGUCCCAUGGUGACGGACACGCCGCGCAGCUGCAUCGGCCGGGCCACCGGUGCUUUGUCGUGGCUCGUCGACCCUAACGACCACGACCGUCUGGUGCCCAUCGGCUCCGUCGGUGAGCUGAUCAUCGAAGGUCCGACCCUGGCUCGUGGCUACCUGGCGGACCCCGAGCGCACGCAGUCCGUGUACAUCGAGAACCCUCAGUGGGCCUCCCAGGAGGGCGUCACCCGCCGAUUCUACAAGACCGGUGAUCUGGCCCGGUACGGCGACGACGGCCGCGUGCAUCUCAUCGGCCGGAAGGACCUUCAGGUUAAGAUCCGUGGCCAGCGUGUCGAGCUGACCGAGAUCGAAGCCCACAUGCGUGCCAUCAACAACCAGGUCAAGACCGCCGUCGCUAUGGUGCACCCGGGUGGCAAGGCUAUGCUGGUGGCUUUCAUCUCCAGCCAGAGUGGAUUCGGUCCUGAGUUCGCCCAUCCGUUCCACGCUGCUCCUGCCGACAAGCCGCCCAUCCUGUCUUUGGCCGCUCAGAUGAACCAGGAGCUCGUCCAGCGCCUGCCCCCUUACAUGAUUCCGUCGGCGUUCCUUCCUCUCGCAUACAUGCCGCUGACGGCGUCCGGUAAGACGGACCGUCGUGUCAUUUCCACCUUCGCCUCCGGUCUGUCUCUGGCCGAGCUGGCUGCUGUUGCUGGCGCGAGUGACGGCGCCUCGCGUCGCAUGCCUACCACCACGGCCGAGAUGCGUCUCCAGUCAAUGUGGGCUGAUAUCCUGCACUGCCCGCCCGAGGAGAUCGGUGCCGAGGACAACUUCUUCCACCUGGGUGGUGACUCCAUCGAGGCCAUGAACCUCACCCGGCGCUGCCGUGCCGAGGGCUUCCAGCUGCAGGUGGGCGACAUCCUCGGAAACCUCGUGCUUAGCGACAUGGCCAAGGUCAUGGUUCCUGCUCGCUCGCCGGAGCUCGUCUCUGCGCAACCGUUCGAGUUGCUCGGUGGUGAUGCUGGCGUGGUUCGCUCGAACAUCCUUGCCUCUACCGGAUUCGAGGACGCCGAAGUCAUCCAGGACGCCUAUCCCUGCAGUCCGCUGCAGACCGGUCUUAUGGCCUUGUCCACUAAGAUCUCUGGCUCGUACAUCGCCAGACACACCCUGGAGCUGCCUCCCAGCUUGAGCGUCAACCGAUUCAAGGAGCUGUGGGAGCUGAUCGUCGGCAACAACGAUGUCCUGCGCACUACCAUGGUCGAGACCGACCAGUACGGCACCAUUCAGGUCGUCAACCGCGCCCGCAUCCAGUGGAAGCACGAUUCCGACCUGGAGAACUACAUCCAGACGGACGAGAAGAUCCCCAUGCAGAUGGGCGACGCCCUCACGCGUCAUGCGGUCAUCUCUACUGAGAGCAAGUCCUUCUUCGUGCUGACUAUCCACCACGCCAUCUACGAUGGUCUGUCGCUGGAGAUGAUCUUCAACGACCUCGUGCAGGCCCUGCAAGGUACCGUGCCUCCCGCGCGUCCCCAGUUCCGGGACUUCAUCCAGCACGUUGCCGAGAAGAACGUGAGCAAGGAGACCGAGGAUUACUGGCGCUCGGAGCUGGCCGAGGGAGACGUGACGACCUUCCCCCUGUUGCCGUCCGCUACGUACCAGCCCGUUGCCAAUGAGACCCUGGUCCACACCCUCAAGGUCAACCGCAGCGGCCCGUCGGACUACACCACUGCCACUCUGAUCCGUGCCGCUUGGUCGUUGCUCCAGGCUCGCUACUGCGAUGCGCCUGACACCGUCUUCGGAUGCACCGUCAGUGGUCGCAACGCCCCCGUGCUGGGUGUGGAGGACAUGGUUGGUCCUGUCAUUGCCACGGUCCCCAUCCGCGCUCGCUUCGACGCCCAGACUCCCGUCGCCGAGUUCCUGCAGCAUGCGCAUACGCACUCCGUGAGGAUGACUCCCGCGCAGAACUUCGGUCUGCAGAACAUCGCCCGCCUGGGUGAGGGCGCCGCGGCUUCCUGCGGUUUCCAGACGCUGCUGGUCAUCCAGCCCGCCAGCUCUAUCCCCGAGGACAGCAUCAUCCAGCCGUUCUCUGCUCCUCGCGCUCGCUUCAGCACCGUCGCCCUGACUCUUGAGUGCAGCUUGGCCGCCGACGGCACCGUGCUUGUCCAUGUCCACUUCGACAACGGCGUGCUCUCCGAGACCCAGGUGGACCGCAUCGUGCGCCAGUUCGAGCACGUUCUGCACCAGCUGGCCUCCGAGCCCGUUGGUAGCAUCGGCGAUCUGGAGAUGAUCAGUCCUCAGGACAAGGAGGACUUGCUGCGCUGGAACCGGGAAAUCCCUAGCAUGACCGAUGACUGCGUGCACAACCUCAUCGCCCAGAACACCAUCAAGCACCCUGACGCGCCCGCCAUCUGCGCCUGGGACGGCGAGAUGACCUACGCCGAGCUGGAGAGCAUCUCAUCUAAGCUCGCAGCUCAUCUGAUCAACGCCGGCGUGGGUCCCGAGGUCUUUGUGCCGAUCUGCUUCGAGAAGUCCCUGUGGACUAUUGUUGCCAUGCUGGGAACUAUGAAGGCCGGUGGUGCAUUCGUGCCCAUGGACGCCUCCCAGCCCACCAGCCGUAUGCAGCUGGUCGUCAAAGAGGUCAACGCUAAGGUCAUGCUCUGCUCCGAGGAGCAGCUCGCCCGCUGCCCGGGUGUCGUGGAGAAGGCUAUCGCUGUGGGACCUGGCAUGGCUCAGGCCGCUACUCCCAAGACCAUCACCACCCCUGUGGCGCCGCACAACUCGGCCUACGUGAUCUUCACGUCCGGCAGUACCGGAACACCCAAGGGAUCGGUCGUCGAGCACCGUGCAUUCUGUACCGGUGCCAUAUCGCACAAGGAGGGUCUCCAGAUGGGUCGUCGUGUCCUGCAGUUUGCUUCAUACACCUUCGACGCUAGUGUCUUGGAGAUCUUGUCUACUCUGGUCCAGGGUAGCUGCAUUUGUGUGCCCUCCGAGAACGAGCGCCGCGGUAACAUCGCCGAGGCGAUCACCCGCAUGAACGUCGACUGGGCGGUCUUGACGCCCUCGUUCGUCAACACGAUCGACCCUACCACCGUGCCGACUCUCGAGACGCUCUGUCUGGCCGGAGAGGCCAUGACGGCCGCGCACGUCGCCGCCUGGACGCCUCACGUCCGGCUGGUCAACGGUUACGGACCCAGUGAGUGCUGCGUCUGCAGUUCCUCCAACCGCCAGGUCCUCCCCGGCACUCUGCCCAACAACAUCGGUACCUCCGUCGGAGGCGCCUGCUGGGUGGCUGAUCGUGACAACCACAACAAGCUGUCUCCCAUUGGCUGUGUCGGCGAGCUCCUCGUCGAGGGAUACACUCUGGCCCGCCACUACCUGAACAACACGGAGAAGACCGAUGCGGCGUUCAUCCCGCGGCCCUCGUGGCUCCCGUGGUCCCGCUGCGACCGUCUCUACAAGACCGGUGACCUGGUCAAGUAUGGCUCCGACGGAUCCCUCCUCUUCAUCGGCCGAAAGGACACGCAGGUCAAGAUCCGCGGCCAGCGUGUCGAGCUCGGCGAGAUCGAGUACCAUCUCUGUCUGCCCUCGGAGGUGACGCAGUCCGUCGUCGCCUACCCCAAGAAGGGGCUGUAUGCCAACAAGCUUAUCGCCAUCCUGGAGCUCUCCGCCACGCUCGGCGCCGACAUGAAGCAGGUGUCUAGCAGCCGUCUCCAGCGCACCGGGUUCGACAUGAACGCCCUCUCCAAAUACAUGUCCGAGACGCUGCCCGUACACAUGGUCCCCGUGAUCUGGAUCGUCGUCGAGAAGAUCCCCAGCUCCUCGUCCACCAAGAUCGACCGUAAGACCGUGGACAACUGGCUCCACGCGCUGCCCUCGGACUUCGAGCCCGCCAUGGGCAUCAAGCGCGAGCCCGCCGCCGUCGCCACCGACACGCUCCGCCCCGACGAGGACAAGGCGCUCGCUAUCAGCGGCAAGAUCUCUAACCUGGUCAACCGCGACGACACCCCGCUGCAGGGCCGCGACUUCAACAUCUCAUCCAUGGGCAUCGACUCGGUCCAGGUCAUCAGCUUGGCAAGUUACAUCAAGCAGGCCUACGGCGUCAAGGUGGACGUGUCGCGCAUCCUGGACGGCGAGAUGACCGUUCGCUCCCUUGUGCAGCUUAUCGAGGCCGAGCUCGCUGGCACCGUCAAGCAGGAAGCUCCCACGUUCGACGCGAUGCAGGAAGCCUCAGCGCUCCUCAAGAACAUCGUCAAGGACACAUCCGUCCGGAAGACCGUCUUCGUCACCGGUGUGACGGGCUUCCUGGGCACCCAGAUCCUGCGCCAGCUCUGCGACCGCCCCGACGUGGGUCGCGUCAUCGCGCACGUCCGCGCCAGCACCCCCUCCGAGGCGUUCAUCCGCGUCAAGGAAUCCGCCGUCCGCGCCCAGUGGUGGUCCGACUACUACCUGGGCAAGCUGGACGUGUGGGCAGGUAACCUGGCGAAGCCGCGUCUGGGUCUCAAGGCGAAGCAGUGGGCGUCGCUGACGGGUGAAUCGCCCAACGACGGCCUGGUGCACUCGAUUAUCCACGCGGGAGCCGCGGUGAACUGGAACGCCGGCACUGCCGUGCUGCGCGCUGCCAACGUCAACUCCACCGCGGAGCUCAUCAAGGCCUCCAUGGUCUCCCCGGCCAAGCCGCGCCUGGUGUACGUCUCCGGCGGACACCGCUGGCACGUCGGCGAGAACGACGCGGACAUCGCGCGCGAGGUGGCGCACGCCAACGGCUACGCGCAGACCAAGUACCUCUCCGAGCUGCUCGUCAAGCAGUUCGCGGCGAUGCACCCGGACCAGUUCGCGAUCAUCAAGCCGGGUCUGAUCCUCGGCACGCCGGAAGAGGGUGUGGCAAACACCGACGACUUCAUCUGGCGACUGGCAUCCGGCGUGGUGGACGCGCGCGCGCACAGCCUCGACUACGGCGACGGGUGGAUGUUCGUGACCAGCAGCACGCGAGUGGCGGAAGAGACGGUCUUCCAAGCGUUCUGCCCCGCCGAGGCCAUCAAGACGGUGACCUACAUGACGGACGGCAUCACGGAGCGCGAGUUCUGGGAGAUCUUCUCGCGGGAACUCAAGUACCCGCUGAAGGUGGUCGACCACGCCACCUGGAUGGACAUCAUGCACCAGUCCAUCCAGAAGGACGGCAACAACCACCCGCUGUGGCCGGUUGCGCAGGUCUUCGACGCCAUUCAGGGCCGACUGGGCGGUGACAUGAUGACCGACGCUAGUGCCGUGUCGCCCUCGCAGAAGCAGCACGUCAAGGCGACGAUCCGGCGCAACGUGCAGUUCCUCGUUGAGGCGGGCUUCAUCGCCAGCCCGACGGGUAAGAAGAUGAAGUAUGUGGCUGAAAAGGUGUUCCAGCGGUCUGGUAAUGUGUGGGAGAAUGUGAAGACGAGGUUGGGUUCCUUCUAG